AUGAACUCCAACGUUUUGACAAAGGCCGCCAUCCCGUCGCGGCUGCUCUCGCCCGCCCAGAUAUACCGACGCCAGCGGUUACGCGACAAUCUGCAAAAGUGCGCCCCGGCCAGGACCAUCGCGUAUGCUGCCAAGAGGCCCAGCGUGUGCGCCGCCCAGCCAGCUUGCCAGACAUCGACACACAGGAAGGCUUUCCAUGCGUCGCCCAGCUCUCUCGCAGUAAAAGACCCCUACCAGGCCCUCGGUGUAGGCAAGACGGCCACCGCCGCCGAGAUCAAGAAGGCCUACUAUGGCCUAGCUAAGAAAUACCACCCCGAUACCAACAAGGACGCCGGCGCCAAGGAAAAGUUUGGCGAUAUCCAGUCCGCCUAUGAGAUCCUGUCCGACGCAAAGAAGAGGGAGCAGUAUGACUCGUUUGGUGCCGCCGGCUUCGAUUCCAAUGGCGAUCCCCAGCAGGGUGGAGGCCACCCGUUCGGCGGCGGCGGAGGUUUUGGUGGCUUUGGCGGUUUUGGCGGCCAGGGAGGAUUCGGUGCCAACAUCAACCUCGACGACCUAUUUUCACAGUUCACCGGCGGUAUGGGCGGCAACCCCUUUGGCGGAGCUGCUGGUGGCCGGCGGGGCCGCAGCCCCUUUCAACAGGAGAUACUGGUCGGAGACAAUAUCGAGAUGCAGGCCACGAUAUCGUUCAUGGAAGCGGCCAAGGGUACGCAAAAGACCAUGACAAUACACCCGAGGGUCACCUGCCACACCUGUUCCGGUAGCGGCUUGAAGACUGGAAUGAAGCGGUCCGAGUGCAAGUCCUGCGGAGGUACUGGCACCCGCGUGCACUUCAUGACUGGAGGUUUCCAGAUGGCCUCGACCUGCGAUUCCUGCAAGGGAACCGGCCAAACCACCCCGCGUGGAUCCGAGUGCCACCCGUGUGCCGGGAGCGGAGUCGUGCGGGAACGAAAGUCGAUCACGCUGGACAUCCCCGGAGGCAUCGAGGACGGAAUGAGACUGAGAGUAGACGGCGAGGGUGAUGCGCCUGCCACCGGGGACGGCGUCAGCCCAAAUGCCAAGACGACUCGGGGAGAUCUCUACGUGCUGAUCCGCGUGGCUGCCGACCCCAAGUUCAAACGCGCAGGUUCGGACAUCCUCUAUACGGCUACCAUCCCCUUGACGACGGCUAUGCUGGGAGGCGAGGUGACUGUGCCUACCCUUGAUGGUCAGGUUAAUGUCAAGGUCAACACCGGCACCAACACAGGCGACAAGCUCACACUUGGCGGCAUGGGCAUGAAGAAGCUCAGUGGACGGAGGGGUGGUGCUGGAGAUCUACGGGUCGAGUUCCGGGUCAACAUGCCCAAGUAUCUAUCGCCAAACCAACGGACGAUUCUGGAAAUGCUGGCCGAUGAGAUGGGCGACAAGACGGCUAAACGUAUCAUGAAUGUCAAGAUGCCUUCUACGUCCGAUCCGUCGCCGUCGCCCAAGAAGGGCGACGACCCUGCCACACAUCAAAACGAGGGCUUCUUGAAGUCCAUGUGGCACAAUCUCACGAACCACCCGGCACAUCAGAAGAAGUCCGACGAAUCGAGUAGUGCCGACAAGGGUCCCGAAGGCAAAACCGAGACGAAGAAGCCAGACGACGAACCGAAGAAGGACGCGGGCUCCGGCUCCGGGUGA